UCCUGGUCUCAGGGAGUAAGGGGACAGCGGGGGCCCACGACUAGGGACGGCGCCAUGGGGCUGCGUGUGCUGCUGGGGGUCUUCCUGAUGUCCCUCCCCGCUCUGCAGGCCUGGUCGGAUCAGGGCUCGGACCCAGGCAGGCUCAGGGGCACUGAGAAGCGCCAGGCCGUGGGCACAGCCGAUGGCGUGGUCAUCCGGAGCAUGAAGGUCAACUGCAAGGUUACCUCCCGCUUUGCACACUACGUCAUCACCAGCCAGGUGCUAAACAACGCCGACCGGGUCCAGGAGGUGGCCUUCGAAGUGGAAAUCCCCAAGACGGCCUUCAUCAGUGACUUCGCAAUCACCUCAGACCGGAACGCGUUCGUCGGGAACAUCAAGGACAAAGUGACCGCCUGGAAGCAGUACAGGAAAGCCGCCAUCUCUGGGGAGAAUGCCGGCCUCGUCCGGGCCUCCGGAAGGACCAUGGAGCAGUUCGCCAUCCACUUCACCAUCGGCCCCCGGAGCAGGGCCACCUUCCACCUGACCUACGAGGAGGUGUUGAAGCGCACGCUGGGCCAGUACAACAUUGUCGUCAAAGUCAAGCCCCAGCAGCUGGUGCAGCACUUCGAGAUCAACGUGGAUAUCUUCGAGCCCCAGGGGAUCAGCAAGCUGGACGCCCAGGCCUCCUUCCUCUCCCAGGACCUGGCCCACAUGAUCAAGAAGUCCUUCUCAGGGAGAAAGGGCCACGUGCUUUUUCAUCCCACGGUGAGACAGCAGCAGUCCUGCCCGACCUGCCCCACGUCCCUGUGGGAUGGGGACUUCACGGUGACCUACGAUGUCAAUCGAGACAAGAUCUGUGACCUCCUGGUCGCCAAUAAUCACUUUGCCCACUUCCUGGCUCCCCAAAACCUGACGAACCUGAACAAGAACCUGGUCUUCGUGAUUGACAUCAGCGGCUCCAUGCAGGGCCAGAAAGUGAAGCAGACCAAAGAGGCUCUCCUGAGGAUCCUGGGGGACAUGCGGCCGGACGACCACUUCGACCUGGUUCUCUUCGGGUCUCAAGUGCAGUCCUGGAAGGGCUCGCUGGUGCAGGCCACCGCCGCCAACCUGCAGGCAGCUCGGGAUUUUGUGCAGCGCUUCUCCGUGGCUGGGGCCACAAACCUGGACGGCGGUCUGCGGCGGGGAAUCGACACCCUGAACAGGUCCCAGGAGGCCGUCCCUGCGCUGCGCAGCCACGCCUCCAUCCUCAUCAUGCUGACCGACGGCGAGCCCACCGAGGGGGAGACAGACCGUUCCCAAAUCCGGAAGAACGUCCGCAACGCCAUCCGGGGCAGGUACCCGCUCUACAACCUGGGCUUUGGGGACAGAGUGGACUUCAACUUCUUGGAGGCCAUGUCCAUGGAGAACAACGGGCGGGCCCAGAGGAUCUAUGAGGAUCGGGACGCCACCCAGCAACUGAAGGGCUUCUACAACCAGGUGGCCACCCCCUUGCUGAUGGACGUGGAGCUGCGGUACCCGCAGGACACAGUAGCCGCCGUGACACAGCACCAGCACAAGCAGUUCUACGAGGGCUCCGAGAUCGUGGUGGCAGGGCGCGUGGCUGACCACCAGCCGGGCAGCUUCAAGGCUGAUGUGCGGGCCCGGGGGGAGGGCCGGGCGUUCCAGACCACGUGCGGGGUGGACCAGGAGCAGAUGAAGAGGCUGCUCCGGGAGCGGGGGCAUGUGCUGGAGAACCACCUGGAGCGGCUCUGGGCCUACCUCACCAUCCAGGAGCUGCUGGCAAAGCGGAUGAAGGUGGAGGGGGAGGAGAAGGCUGACUUGUCUGCCCAGGCCCUGAAGAUGUCCCUGGACUAUCAGUUCGUGACCCCACUGACCUCCAUGACCAUCAGUGGCAUGGUUGACCAGGAUGGCCUGAGGCCCACAAUCGACAAGCCCUCAGAGGACGACUUCUCAGAGCUGGUGGGACCCAGAAGGAUCUACAUGCUGCCUGCCUGGCAACCCUUGCCAACACACGCCAGCCCUCUGGGCCAGCAGCUGCCUGAUCAAGUCACUGGUGUGGACACUGACCCCCACUUCAUCGUCCAUGUGCCCCAGAAAGAGCUCACGUUGUGCUUCAACAUCAAUGAGCAGCCAGGCGCAAUUCUGAACCUGGUGCAGGACCCCGACACAGGCUUCUCUGUGAACGGACAGCUUGUUGGCGACCAGGCUGGGCAUGGGGGCACAUACUUCGGGAGGCUGGGCAUCGCCAACCCUGCGACGGGCUUUCAGCUGGAAGUGACUCCUGGGAACAUCUCACUGGGCCCCGGCUCAGGUGGACCCGUGUUCUCCUGGGCGGACCAGGCCGUGCUGCGGCAGGACGAGGUGGUGGUGACUAUCAACAGGAAGAGGAGCCUGGUGGUGUCCGUGGGCGAUGGGGGCACCUUCCAGGUCAUCCUGCACCGGGUGUGGAAUGGGAGUGCCGCCCACCAGGACUUCCUGGGCUUCUACGUGCUGGACAGUCACCAGAUGUCGGUUCGGACCCACGGCCUGCUGGGACAAUUCCUCCACCCCUUUGAAGUUGAAGUGUCCGGUGUCCACCCAGGCUCUGACCCGGAGAAGCCAGAUGCCACCAUGGUGGUGAAGAACCACCGGCUGACGGUGACCAGGGGCACGCAAAGAGACUACAGUAGGGACCCCCGGCGUGGAGCCGAGGUGGCCUGCUGGUUCGUCCACAACAGUGGGGCUGGCCUCAUCGAUGGCCUCCACACGGACUACAUUGUCCCUGACAUCUUCUAAGCCCUGCGUCCAGCACCCCUGUCCCCACUGGGCCUUGGGAAUCAUCCCACCUGCUGCCCCGGCCACACCUCCCUUUCGAAGCUGACGCCCCAGCGCCCCAGCAUUAAACAGAGGCUGCGUGCGAUCAGCUGUGUUCACUGCA